AUGUCUUUACAAGGAAAAUCUUUUAAGCUCUCAAACGGAAACACAAUUCCAGCAAUUGGAUAUGGUGUUGGAACUAAAUGGUUCAAAUUUGGACAAAAUCAAAUCGACGAUAAGGUAGUUGAAGCAGUACAGCUUGCGAUUGAAACUGGAGCUCCGCAUAUUGAUGGUGCCGAAAUUUACAAUACUAAUAAGGAGAUUGGUCAAGCAUUGGCCAAAAGUGGAGUGAAGAGAGAGGACAUAUUCAUUACAGACAAGUAUUUCGCAGGAGAUGGAUCUUACAAAGCGAGAUCUGAAGAGGUCAAUCCUUAUGAAGCUUUGAAAGCAGAUUUAAAACAAUUUAACAUUGAUUAUGUUGAUUUGUACUUAAUUCAUGCUCCUUUCAUUAAAAAAGAGACCCACGGUUUCGAUUUGGUUGAGGCAUGGCAAUACCUUGAGAAAUUAGUGGAUGACGGAUUCGCUAAGAACAUCGGGGUGUCGAACUUCACUAAGGAAGAUCUUGAGGUUAUUUUGAAUAGUAAGCCUAAAUAUAAGCCAGCUGUUAACCAAAUUGAAUACAAUGCAUACUUGCAGAACCAAACACCAGGUAUCGUCGAAUUCUCUAAGUCUAACGAUAUCUUAGUUUCGGCCUAUUCACCAUUGGGUCCACUUUUAAAAGGUAAACCUGGCCCUAUUGAUGAGUAUGUCGAAAAAUUGGCUUCAAAGUAUGGAAAGACUGAAAGUCAAAUUUUGCUCAGAAGUGUUUUGCAGAAUGGUAUUUUACCAAUUACAACUUCUAGUAAGAAAGAGAGAAUCCAAGCUAGUUUAGAAAUUUUUGAUUUCGAAUUAACCCAGGAUGAAGUUAAUGAAAUCAAUAAGCUCGGUAAACAGAAGACUUUAAGACAAUACUGGACUAAUGAGUAUUCCAAGUAUGACUAA